AUGGAUCCGUACAGCCGGCGAUCGACGUGGAACAUCGUCCGCUCUGCACGGGAGGGCCGGGUGGUCGUCCUGACGACGCACUUCAUGGACGAGGCUGAGAUUCUGGGAGAUCGCGUGGCCAUCAUGUCCGAGGGCCAGUUGAUGGUCUGCGGCUCCACCUUGUUUCUCAAGGCACGCUUCGGCGCCGGAUAUCGGCUGACCUGCGCCAGACAGGACAUGGCUGCACCGGCCAACGCAGCCGACCCUAUCGAAGAUGUCGUCAAGCGCCAUAUCCCAGAAGCUCGAAAGAUCACAGACAUCGGUGCGGAGCUGUCCAUGCAGCUGCCGUCGUCGAGCACCGGCAGCUUUCCCCCUCUCCUCAGGGAGCUCGACGGGAGAGGUCGAGAGAUCGGUCUCGCCCAUUAUGGCCUGUCCAUGGUGAAACUCGAGGAGGUCUUCCUCAAGGUGGCUUCAGGGGAACUGGAUAGCCUCGAGGCUGGUCCCCCUCCCUGGCAGCAAACCGGAGGUCUUCAAGGCUGGGCGGCUUUGCAGGGCACGGCGAGGAAGCGGCUGGCCUUGCGGCACUUGGGCGCGCUUUUUAUGAAGCGUGCGAGAUAUGGCCGGAGGGACGUGAAGGCCCUCGCGUGUACGGUUCUGAUGCCCGUGGCCCUCCUGGCCUUCGGCCUGGGGAUUCUGAACAUGCUCGGCGACCGCCACGCGCCCUUGUUGAACCUGGCAGUUGAGAGCCAGUUUGGCAGAGGAGUGCCUGUGCCCUUCAACGCCAGCAGAGGCUCGGAGGCACCUCGCUUGGCGGAGAGCUUCCGCCAGGUGGCUGCGGACCCAGAGCCGCAGCAACUGGUCGAAGGAGUCGCGGAGGGCAUCAUCUUCGGUCGAAACUACUCCAAUGGCCAGCCCGUCUUCGAAAUGUGCGAGGAGGAGGUUAGACUCUUCUCGAAGUGCUGGAAGGAGAACAAUCUGUGCGAUGUGAUGAAGGGCUUUCUGGAUCUUGCAAGCAAAGUGGGGAUGGGCAUCGGCUGUGCUACGGACAGAGCCGGCUGUAAGUCUGCCAUCGCGACGGCCUGCGAGGGGGGCGCAGCCCAGUGCACCGACACCUGCCUUUCACAGGCGGACGUGUCGCCAAGCAUUUGCCGAUCUCAGUGUCGACAGAUCUGCGAGCUGGCGCCGAACUUCACUAAGGCGUGUGAUCUCCUCAAGCCUCCGUUUGCCCCCAACAUCGCCUCCGUGUGCCCCGUGGAGUGCGCAGAUUCCUCCGACCCGAACACUUGCCGGCCCGGCACUGUUUGCAAAGAGCCGGAUCCGGUGCCUGCGGCCGACCCGGCAGCACUGCUUUCGAUGUCCACGUUGAUCUUCGACGAAGGGGCCCACAUCUCUCGCAGACAAGAUGUGCGAUAUGGAGCCGUGGUGACAAGCUACAACAGCACCACAGGGACAGCCGUCACUCUUCUCUACAACACCUCCGGACCGCAUGCAGCGCCAGGAUUCUUGAAUCUGCUUUCCGGCGCACUGCAGACACUGCGAAAAGGAGCCGGGUCGGAGAUCACAGUGUCCAGCUAUCCGCUCCCACGAUCAAGGAAUGAGAAGCUGAGCCAGGUGGUGGGCCAGAUUCCAAGAUCUUCCUUUAACUGGGUGGAGCAACUUCAGCUAAGAGCUCGGUUCUCCGAUGGCACCAUUCAAGCUGGACCUGCCAAGCUGAUGGGGGAUGCAAUGCUGACUGAUUCUCGCUGGGACGAGUCUGCCCGGGUUUACAACAACUGGUAUGGACAUUCCUGGGAGGAUGCUUUCAACCCAGCUCGCAAGCGCUGGUAUAUGGGACGGCUGAGCUCGGAAUGUCAGGCUGAUGAGGGUAGCCAUGUUGAGUUCGAGGAAGCAAUGCGGACUGAUUCUCGCUGGGACGAGACUGCCGCGGCUUUACAAGAACUGGUAUGGACAUUCCUGGGACGAUACAUUUGA